AUGGCGACCGGUGUAAAGGGGUUGAAAUGGAGUAAAAUGAUAACUGUUAUACUCUUAGCAUGGGGAUGCCUAACUGCGCCCGUUUUAGGCCAGAACUCAACAGAAUCUAUGGUGCUCAUCACGAAUGUUCCCAGCUCACAGUCGAUAAUCAUCGAGCCAUCACUGGACCUGUCGAGUCUGAUUAUACCGUCGCUCGCAAGUUCAUACUCAUCUUUGAGUGGGUCAGCCUCGGCCCCUGUCAGUUUCGACUCUGCACAGUUCUCCAUGACAUUUUUAAUAAUAAGUGACCUCAAUAAAAAUGUUGAGCGUUCCGCCUUAUCUGACAGUGGCGACUGGUCAUUUAUAAGUGAUAUCAGCUCAACAAGUCGGCCCAGUGGCUCAUUGAGCUCUAUGAGCGCAAGUAUGGUAUCGACAGCAUCUUCAAGCCAAAGCCAAAGUGAUAUUUCUUCAAAAAGUAGUUUCAGUUUUAGAGACUCGUCAGUGCUUCCAUCAUUUUCGAUGUCGUCUAGUGUACCGUUAUUUUCAAGCAGUGCUGCAUCAAGUUUCAGUCAAGAAAGUUCAUCUACCAGUUUUAUAUAUGACAGUGCAUCAUCAAGUGUGACUUUUAGUUCUGGUAUAUCCUCAACCAGUUUAAGCUCAAGUUUUGGCUUCAGCACCAGUGCACCGCUACCUUCUUUUGGAUCUAGUUCUUCUGGUGUGUCAUCUGGCUCAAGCCUCAGCUUAAGUUCCAGUGGAUUAUUACCAUCAAGUUCAAGCUUUGGCUUCAGUUCCAGUGGACUGUUACCAUCAGGUUCCAGUGGGUUGCCUUCAAGUUCAAGCUUUGGCUUCAGUUCGAGUGGACUGUUACUGUCAAGUUCCAGUGGGUUACCUUCAAGUUCGAGCUUUGACUUCAGUUCUAGUGGAUUACUACCAUCAAGUUCCGGUGUGUUACAAUCAAGUUCAAGCUUCGACUUCAGUUCCAGUGGACUGUUACCAUCAAGUUCCAGUGGGUUACCUUCAAGUUCGAGCUUUGACUUCAGUUCCAGUGGAUUACUACCAUCAAGUUCCGGUGGGUUACAAUCAAGUUCAAGCUUUGACUUCAGUUCCAGUGGACUGUUACCAUCAAGUUUCAGUGGAUUACCUUCAAGUUCGAGCUUUGACUUCAGUUCCAGUGGAUUACUACCAUCAAGUUCUGGUGGGUUACAAUCAAGUUCAAGCUUCGACUUCAGUUCCAGUGGACUGUUGCCAUCAAGUUCCAGUGGGUUACCUUCAAGUUCGAGCUUUGACUUCAGUUCCAGUGGAUUACUACCAUCAAGUUCCGGUGGGUUACAAUCAAGAUCAAGCUUUGACUUCAGUUCCAGUGGACUGUUGCCAUCAAGUUCCAGUGGGUUACCUUCAAGUUCGAGCUUUGACUUCAGUUCCAGUGGAUUACUACCAUCAAGUUCUGGUGGGUUACAAUCAAGGUCAAGCUUCGACUUCAGUUCCAGUGGACUGUUACCAUCAAGUUCCAGUGGGUUACCUUCAAGUUCGAGCUUUGACUUCAGUUCCAGUGGAUUGCUACCAUCUAGUUCCAGUGGACUACCAUCAAGUUCAAGCUUUGGCUUCAGUUCUAGUGGACUGUUACCAUUAAGUUCCAGUGGGUUACCUUCAAGCUCAAGUUUUGACUUCAGUGCAAGUGGACUGUUACCUUCAAGUUCAAGCUUUGCAUUCAGUUCAAGUGGAAUACUACCAUCAAGUUCAGGCUUUGGCUUCAGUUCAAGCAGACUGUUACCAUCAAGUUCCAGUGGGUUACCAUCAAGUUCGAGCUUUGACUUCAGUUCCAGCGGAUUACUACCAUCAAGUUCCAGUGGGCUACCUUCAACUUCAAGCUUUGACUUCAGUUCCAGUGGAUUGCUACCAUCAAGUUCAAACUUUGGCUUCAGUUCAAGUGGACAGUUACCUUCAAGUUCAAGUUUUGACUUCAGUUCAAGUGGACUGUUACCUUCAAGUUCAAGCUUUGCGUUCAGUUCAAGUGGAUUGCUACCAUCAAGUUCCAGCGGUUUAUCAUCAAGUUCAAGGUUUGACUUUAGUUCAAGUGGACUGUUACCAUCAAGUUCAGGUUUUGGCUACAGUUCCAGUGGAUUACCAUCAAGUUCGAGCUUUGACUUCAGUUCAAGUGGAUUACUACCAUCAAGUUCCAGUGGGUUACCUUCUAGUUCAAGCUUUGACUUCAGUUCCAGUAGACUGUUACCAUCAAGUUCCAGUGGGUUAUCUUCGAGUUCGAGCUUUGGCUUCAGUUCGCGUGGUUUGCUACCAUCAAGUUCAAGCUUCGACUUCAGUUCCAGUGGACUGUUACCAUCAAGUUCUAGUGCCUUUCCAUCAAGUUCGAGCUUUGAUUUUGAUUCCAGUGGAUUAGUAACAUCAAGUUCCAGUGGAUUACCUUCAAGUUCGAGCUUUGGCUUCAGUUCGAGUGGUUUGCUACCAUCAAGUUCAAGCUUCGACUUCAGUUCCAGUGGAUUACUACCAUCACUUUCCAGCGUCUUUCUAUCAAGUUCAAGCUUUGGCUUCAGUUCAAGUGGAUUGCUACCUUCAAGUUCGAGCUUUGAUUUUGAUUCCAGUGGAUUAGCACCAUCAAGUUCCAGUGGAUUACCUUCAAGUUCGAGCUUUGGCUUCAGUUCGAGUGGUUUGCUACCAUCAAGUUCAAGCUUCGACUUCAGUUCCAGUGGACUGUUACCAUCAAGUUCUAGUGCCUUUCCAUCAAGUUCGAGCUUUGAUUUUGAUUCCAGUGGAUUAGUACCAUCAAGUUCCAGUGGAUUACCUUCAAGUUCGAGCUUUGGCUUCAGUUCGAGUGGUUUGCUACCAUCAAGUUCAAGCUUCGACUUCAGUACCAGUGGACUGUUACCAUCAAGUUCUAGUGCCUUUCCAUCAAGUUCGAGCUUUGAUUUUGAUUCCAGUGGAUUAGUACCAUCAAGUUCCAGUGGAUUACCUUCAAGUUCGAGCUUUGGCUUCAGUUCGAGUGGAUUGCUACCUUCAAGUUCAAGCUUUGACUUCAGUUCCAGUGGACUGUUGCCCUCGAGUUCAAGUGGGUUACCAUCAAGCUCAGGCUUUGGAUUUAGUUCAAGUGGACUGUUACCAUCAAGUUCGAGUGGCUUACUGUCAAGCUCAGGCUUUGGAUUCAGUUCAAGUGGAUUGUUACCAUCAGGUUCCAGUGGACUACCAUCAAGUUCCGGCAUCGGCUUCAGUUCCAGUGGAUUACUUCCAUCAAGUUCCAGCGGGCUAGCAUCAAGUUCAAGCUUUGGAUUCAGUUCAAGUGCACUCUUACCAUCAAGUUCCAGUGGUUCAAGUGGAUUGUUACCAUCUGGUUCCAGUGGACUACCAUCAAGUUCAAUCAUCGGCUUCAGUUCAAGCGGAUUACUACCAUCAAGUUCCAGCGGGCUACCAUCUAGUUCAAGCUUUGGAUUCAGUUCAAGUGCACUGUUACCAUCGAGCAGCAGCAGGUUACCUACGAGCUCUAGCUUUGAUUUCAGUUCCAGUGGACAGCUGCCCUCGAGUUCAAGUAGGUUACCGUCAAGCUCAAGCUUUGGAUUCAGUUCAAGUGGACUGUUACAAUCAAGCAGCAGCAGGUUUCCUUCAAGCUCCAGCUUUGACUUCAGUUCCAGUGGACAGUUGCCCUCGAGUUCUAGUGGUUCAAGUGGACUGUUACCAUCAAGUUCGAGUGGCUUACUGUCAAGCUCAGGCUUUGGAUUCAGUUCAAGUGGACUGUUACCAUCAAGUUCAAGUGGUUUACCGUCAAGCUCAAGCUUUGGAUUCAGUUCAAGUGGACUGUUACCAUCAAGUUCAAGUGGGUUACCAUCAAGUUCAAGCUUUGUCUUCAGUUCAAGUGGCCUGUUACCAUCAAGUUCAAGUGGUUCAAGUGGACUCUUUCCAUCAAGUUCAAGUGGUUCCAGUGGACUGUUACCGUCGAGUUCCAGUGGGUUGCUAUCAAGCUCAAGCUUUGGUUUCAGUUCUAGUGGACUGUUGCCAUCAAGUUCCAGCAAGUUACUUUCCAGUUCGAGUUUAGGCUUCAGUUCGAGUGGACUACUACCAUCGAGUUCAAGCCUUGGAUUGAGCUCCAGUGGAUUAUUACCAUCCAGUUCCAGCUUUGGAUUCAGUUCCAGUGGAGAAUUACCAUCAAGCUCAAGCUUAGGUCAGAGUUCCAGUGGAUUGUUGUCAACAGGUUCAAGCUUUGGUUUCAGUUCCAGUGAACUUCAAAGUUCAAGCUUUGGUUAUAGCUCCAGUUUCGAGUGGACUAUUGCUAUCAAGUACAAGUAUGCAGUCGACUGA